AUGGAUGUCCUGGACAGCUUCUCAGGCAUCUUCGAUGAUCCUUUGCUGAAUGAAUUCACGGACAAACUAUUGAGCGACAUUGAUUUGACGGAAUCAAAUGGAAUCUCGUGUGAUGUCAAUCAAUCUCAGGAUGAUGGUGUCAUCGAUGUUUCGGAACUGGAGUACAAGAUCGAGUCAGAUAGGAGGAAUCGGUGGGACUGUUCGAAUAGCACGACUAUGGAAGCUCUUUUAAAGUCCCGAAACCCUGUAUCUUGCGUUCCUCCAGCUCCUGAUUUAUGCUCAGAUCUAACGAAGGCCUCUCCCAACGUCACACAUUUGAAGGUUCACCGGCGGAACUCCCUGCCAACUCUAAAAUCGGAUCCUGAGAAACCUUAG